AUGCGAAUCGAGAGUCUUUUCAGCGGGAUAGAGACCAAGACAAGCCAGAUAUUUGCCAAGAUUAGGAGUGCCUCAAAAGAACAACUCGAUCACGUCAAUAUCCUCGAAAAAGAUAUUCACGUCUUAUUCAAGUUUAUGAUGCUCUCGCAUCGACGCAGCAAGCAACACAGAGACGAGAUACAAAAUCCAUCCCGCGAGAAUGACUUUAUGUUCCAGCGGUUUUUCCAGGCAUCGAGAGAAGAGGGACGAUCGGACGAUCCGCGGGAAGUCUGGCUUGACCAACUACUCUAUCUUUUAAUCACUAGUCACGAGGUGCUUCUUGCAGAUGCUGAGUCCACUAGUGAUGCCGCUUCUAACGCUACUGCGAGAACAUAUAAGCACUUUGUUGAGAGCUACACUCUUCAGAUCUGGACCGCAGCUGAUGGAUAUGAGUUCUUUCUCAACGAGAGCCUAGUUGACUUUGAGGGCGAUACACAAUCGUUCUUGGGAAUGGAAGAGAGCGAGAAUGGGCCCCAGCUUAUCUGGAUGACAACAGACGAUAUGCUACACCUCAUUCUUCCGAUAAGCCCACAGCUUGCUCUCGUGUUCUGCGAUGAAUCACGUUGCUGGGAGUCGGCUUUCGCCGAUGCUAUGAUUCGGUCUCAAAUACCCUUUCCACAAAACAGCUCGUUAGCAAAUGCACCACACAAGGACAUCGUGACUGGGAUUGUACCAGCGAGAAGGAAAGGAAGGAAAUCGUGGCCCGCAACGGUAGACUGGAAAGUCAGUAUCGGGAAACUUUCACCACAUCACCAUCGAAUCAUUGCGUCCUAUUCACUUAGCCAUUCUAUAUCAAUCGUUGUGGUUCAGAAUAGGGCGCGUUUUGAAAAGGCCAGAAAAGAAUUGAAAGUCUUUGCAAAAGAAAGAGAACAACUCUGGACGAGUCAGGGCAUUCGAUAUGGUCACCAGGGUGAGAAGCGACUUGCCCAGGAGCAGGCAGAACCCACUCCAGAGCAGUUAAACAGCAUGGUCGAUCGCCAUAUAUCUGCCUUGGACACCGUUCUCCAUAUUAUCAGGAUUACCCGGGAAACUCCACCGCGAAACAAGGAGAACUCAUACAGAUUCUGGUUGGAUUUCAAUGCUCUUCUCGGAUUAUUGUCUGAAAAGGCCAAGUCUCCGGUAAUGCGCAUAAUGCCCCUCGCCCUCAAAGAAGCCUUUGAAGCAUUUUAUCCUCCAAAAAGGCCGGGUCAUAAGGACCUUGUCACUAUUGACUUUGCCACGUUCUUCGAAGGUGGCAUGGGCGAAGAAACGUUCGCUAAACUUACUUCCAAUAUUGAAGAAAAGAUCUCGGAGUUGGUCACAGCAGACGUCUUGCUAUCUCAACAAUUCAAGACAAUCGAAAAGGAAGCUGGGCUUGCUUUGAUAUCUCUCUCUCCCAUAGGCGAUAACAAAGUUUUCGAAGAGCCUUGUCUUCCCGAGGACGACGUCCAUACGAAACCCUACUUCAAAUCAAUCUACGGCGCAGCUCUGACAUUCGACACACUUAUCUGGAUGUUUGAAGAGCGACAAGAUAUUCUGGCAACUUUUGUUCGGCGGUGUGCCGUACCCAUGAAGGAUACCCAGCCUAAUCUAAUUCGUGUGCGUGGGAGGAGAUGA